AUGAAAGUCCCUUCGAUGGAAUCGAGUAUAGCUCUCGAUGCUGACCGCGCUUUUGUCGUGUGUACACAGCUCAUCAAUGGACCUAACCUCAACCUUCUGGGCACGCGUGAGCCAGAAAAGUAUGGGAGUCAAACCCUAUCCGAUGUGAUCACUCAGUGCCAAAGUACGUGCACCGAGCUUGGGCUUCACCUCGAGACAUUCCAGUCAAACCACGAAGGCCACAUCAUCGAUCGAAUCCAUGCCGUGCUGGGUCGUGCUCAAUCGACCUUCUUGGUCAUGAAUCCCGGGGCUUUUACUCAUACCUCGGUGGCGAUUCGUGAUGCCAUCAGCGGUGUACAGGUGCCAGUGAUCGAGGUCCACAUCACCAAUGUGCACAAGCGCGAAGCGUUCCGCCAUCACUCUUACAUUUCCGACAUCGCCGUUGGUGUCGUGGCUGGCUUCGGUACCUAUGGCUAUGAAGCGGCCAUCCGUCUGGCGGCUCAACAUCUCCUUCCCUCAUCCAACAAGGUCUAG